AAACUGCUCUUCAUAUUGCAGCAGAAAAUAAUAGUAAAGAAACAGCGGAACUUCUUAUUUCACAUGGUGCAAAUAUCAAUGAAAAAGAUGAAGAUGGAAAAACUGCUCUUCAUAUUGCAGCAGAAAAUAAUAGUAAAGAAACAGCGGAACUUCUUAUUUCACAUGGUGCAAAUAUCAAUGAAAAAGAUGAAGAUGGAAAAACUGCUCUUCAUAUUGCAGCAGAAAAUAAUAGUAAAGAAACAGCGGAACUUCUUAUUUCACAUGGUGCAAAUAUCAAUGAAAAAGAUGAAGAUGGAAAAACUGCUCUUCAUAUUGCAGCAGAAAAUAAUAGUAAAGAAACAGCGGAACUUCUUAUUUCACAUGGUGCAAAUAUCAAUGAAAAAGAUGAAGAUGGAAAAACUGCUCUUCAUAUUGCAGCAGAAAAUAAUAGUAAAGAAACAGCGGAACUUCUUAUUUCACAUGGUGCAAAUAUCAAUGAAAAAGAUGAAGAUGGAAAAACUGCUCUUCAUAUUGCAGCAGAAAAUAAUAGUAAAGAAACAGCGGAACUUCUUAUUUCACAUGGUGCAAAUAUCAAUGAAAAAGAUGAAGAUGGAAAAACUGCUCUUCAUAUUGCAGCAGAAAAUAAUAGUAAAGAAACAGCGGAACUUCUUAUUUCACAUGGUGCAAAUAUCAAUGAAAAAGAUGAAGAUGGAAAAACUGCUCUUCAUAUUGCAGCAGAAAAUAAUAGUAAAGAAACAGCGGAACUUCUUAUUUCACAUGGUGCAAAUAUCAAUGAAAAAGAUGAAGAUGGAAAAACUGCUCUUCAUAUUGCAGCAGAAAAUAAUAGUAAAGAAACAGCAGAACUUCUUAUUUCACAUGGUGCAAAAUAA